ACAAUAUUGCACGAUGCCCGUAGCAAUCACCCUUGUUGAUUCUCAUCUGACGGUGUCCCUUACGAUGCUGCAGAAAUUCUUGUGUGGGCGUUUUACUGAUCUCACCGUUCCGCUCUCGGAGAUCGACUCUGUUAGGGUAGAUGCUAAUGUCUCCGUGCCUUGGUAUACCACCAGGUAUGGGGUUGUUAUACCUCACGGUCUUAUAGCAGGAACGUUUUAUCAUUGGAGGACAAAGCCAGAUUUCAUCUACACCAAUGACCCAGCGCGCACCAUCCAGAUCAUGUUGAACGCCAGUGGGCCGUAUGGGAAGCUGGUUUUGGAGGUGGAGGAAGGCAAGGAUCCCUCUGAUGUAGUUGCUGAUAUUUCGAGAGCAAUCGGAAAUUAGUGCAUAUGACAACUUGGGGCUUUCUGGCAUUGAAAGGUGGUCUUGUAUCUAGGGCUAUGUUCAAACUGAGUGCCUCUAUUGUGUCAAAAUCUAGUUUAAUCACGAUUCUGGCUCAGGAUGCAUGGUUUUGGCUGCAAAACACCGAAAUUGGACAGCUUGCCCUAAGGUAAACUCUCCUGUGGUGAGGGCACAUCUGCAUCCAGGAUUGUGUCAGAUGUGCGAGCUUUUGAUAUAGUAUCCAGUCAUUACGUAAGGGAAUGGAGUGGCCAACUAUUUUCCGAUGAGAUGGGGACAGCAAAUGGACAUCAUCCUCGUCGCCAAAAUCAGGGUCAAGGAAAUAUGGCCGGAGCCCAGCAGCAUCAAACCGCGAUAAGAGACGUACGAGAUUGUACACUCGCGCAACUCUUUGGUGAGGACAAUGAUAAGUUGUUCACCGAAAAGCGCUUGAAAGGCAUUUUCGGUGAAACAACAAAACAUCAGCAGAUUAUCCUUUCAGUACCGAUUUACCAAAGACGAUACUGUUGGACUCCACAGAUGGUAACACGGCUUCUUAGCGAUGUGCACGAUGCAUGCAAAGAACGUGCGCCAUAUCAUCCUCUCGGUACAAUUGUGUUGGCUCCUCAGCAGAACAGCAAACGAGUACUUGAUAUAGUGGAUGGUCAACAACGCCUAACUACUAUGAUAUUGCUCCUUUCCGUCUUCCGGCAUUUCGCACCACCGAACCAGAAGCAAGUUUAUACCAAAUGGAUAAAGAGUGCGGUUCCGAAAGAUUACUUCACGUAUCGGUUAAAUCUUGCUGCGCCGUAUCACCAAGCUUUCUGCGACCAUUUCCUUGACCCGGCAGACUUAGAGGAGCACUUAGACAAAGAUUAUGAACUCGCUGUUCCGGAUCGAGAUGCUCGUCCUGUUGUCGAGUUACUCAGCGAAAACGUGCGCGAGUUGGCGGGCAUUCUAGAGAACAUGGAACGGGAAAGCAGGGAGAAACUAGCACACUAUUUUUAUAAGCGGUGUCGCUUUCUCGUUAUUUAUACUCAUGACGUGGACUCAGCAUACCGCAUUUUCACUUCUUUAAACGUGCCCGGUGUACCUUUAACGCCAGUGGAUUAUCUCAAAGCCGUCACCUUUGGAAAGCUAAAGGCUUCUGUCGGAGAUGGAUAUGAAUUGAAAGUUGGGCAGUGGGUUAAAGCCGAGAAACAACUUGGCAAUACAGCAAAUUUCAGCGAACUUCUUGACCAUCUAUACCGCAUCGAAAUGGCUGGUACUGCACAGAAGUCGAGCUUUCUGUUAAGUUUCUCUGCCUCAUUAGGGAACACAAAUUCACCUUAUCACCGUUACAUGUUCGAUACAUUGACCCCCGGAAUCCUGAUCGACAAGAUCAAGACGCACUCAGUCUUAUGGCGUUCCAUCAUGGAACCUAGUCGUACUGCCUUGGAUUGGGCCCAGGUUCGAGAAAAUAAGUCGCGCAUUCAUCUCAAAACGACUUUCGAUAUUGGCUUGCUUUGGCGCACGUGGCUUACUGUAGCCUUGGCGGCCGGAAAGUUCAAUAUUAAGCUUCUCCAACAGGAGGAGUUUUGGAAUAGACUAGAGAAACUGAUAGCAGUCCUGUUUGUGGGCUACAAGCAACCCCGCAAAGGAGUGGAUUCACUAAAGGAAAAACUGAUCAUCCGAUUUUAUGACAUUCUGAAGGACAUAGCGACCGCUCGUAGUGAUGAGAUGGUCUGUACGGCGCUCGAACCUAGGCCUCAAGAAAUUAAAGUUUUCCUUACGCGCAUUAAUGGCAAUCUAUAUGGCGGAGCAGGCAUCUUCGCUACACAAUAUAUACUUCGUCGAAUUAAUGCGGAGAUGUCUUCCACUAAAGUGGCAUAUGAUUGGGAGAAGGUUCAGAUCGAACACAUCUAUCCUCAAAACCCCGGACGUGCGUGGGACAAAAUCGACUUUCAAGGGAAUACAAAUCGUCUCGGCAACCUAUGCUUGCUUCCCGCUUCUACGAACAUUCAGUGCUCGAACGCCCCAUGGGCGACUAAGAAGGAUAUCUAUACUGAAAAUCGGAAAGGGGAGAUGGUCCCCUUCGCGCUCACUACCAUGACACUUGUGAAAGCCGAUCAACAGUGGACUUGUUUGGAAUUCGAGAAACGCCAUGCGAAGCUGUUGAAGUACAUAGCCGAAAUCUACAAGGUAAACCCUCCAGCAACCAUUGGAAGACGUCCGAGAAACGCUGGUGCCAGCAACUCUGAGGAGAUUGAGGAAGAUGAAGAUGAGGAAGAUGAAGAAGACGAGGAACGAUUGAAUCGCACUCUGCCAAAUGAUUUGGCGAAUAUGACGGCAGACGACAAGUAUGUGCCGGAGGAGUAUAGCUUCAAUGAAGCAGAUGAUGGAGAGGACGAUGGAAAGGAUACGGACUCCAAGAAACGCGUGUGCGCAGCACGCGAGUCAGAUAAGAAGAUCAAGAAGAAACAGAAGGUUGCUUCACAUCGUGCUCCAGCAACAUUGGCAACGCAACAGCUACUGUGUAACAAAGUGUGCGGUGACCGACAACCUUGUAGCCGAGAGGCAAAGCCUGGCAGAAAGUCGUGCAUGCAGUGCCAUCAUGUAUUUGUCAGUGGCCCUCGUACAGACCAGCCUUGUCCGACACGCACAUACUCCGGCCGCAAAUAUUGCAGUGUGCACAAACUGUGAGGCCGCAAAUGAGUUAAAAAGGCGACAAAUGUCGAGGGUACUUGUAGAUGGACACUGGUGGGAAGUACGCUAUACCAUAACCUCCGCUCCACUUAAAUAACAUGACUGGCACGCUUUACCUAGCGGGUAGUUCAGGUCUCGGAUUGAUGAACCAUCUGCAACAGGUCCUCUGAAAACUGAUCUACGACUGACGACUUCUGGCGGGUCUCAGAACGCCUGCAUGCACACGAAGUCCUCUUGAUCAAGUUUGCUGCAUCCGAUUGCGCAACUGCACGUGAAAGCAGUGUGGACAGCUUUAACCUGGCGGCUGUCUCAUUUCGGUAGUCCCUUCUUAGCAGUUCUCGUUCGCAAGCUUAGUGUAGCAGUUGAGUCAGUAUCCAAAAAUCUUUUCCAUAGGUAGAGAGAACACAAGGGUUCUGGCAGUUUAUUUAUCAAAGGACAAUAUUCCGAACCCGCCUUCACUUCUAAACGUCUUGCCUGGGUAAGAUAUGAUCCAUCCAAAAGGGAUUUGUGCGCAACGGCCGUAGCUAGACAUAAAAGCCCUUUCCAAAAGAGUCAGUUCGCAGGUUUUACUUUACUUCACCCGUUCCCCUAUAGCCUCGUAUUAGUUACACUUGUGGAAGUUAUUCCAUCUCAUAUUCUGAAAAGCACCAUGAGAGCUACCCUAACG